UCGAUUAGUCGAAUGUAUACUUUUAAAUCCAUAGUUUAUGUAUUUCUGUAUUUCAUUUGUCGUGACGCCAAUUGUAGUUUAGGAGCCAAACAAAAUAAAAGACUUAAACUUAAUUGGUGCCCUCUCAGUGCGCCAUUCUUUUAAGAAGGAAUAAACUUGUAGGACAGAAGUAUGUCUUCAAAAAUGCCGGUGGAAAUUAAUCGAUUAACCGAGGGAUGGUUGGAAUUAGAAUCUGAUCCCGGUCUCUUUACUUUAUUGCUAGAGGAUUUUGGCGUCCAAGGUGUUCAAGUGGAGGAGGUAUACGACUUGCAAAAACCCAUAGAAGGGCCCGUAUACGGCUUUAUUUUUCUUUUCCGAUGGAUUGAAGAGAGAAGGGCCCGUCGAAAAAUAGUUGAGACAACCGCAGAAAUAUUUGUUAAAGAUGAUGAAGCAGUGGCAAAUAUAUUCUUUGCUCAGCAAGUGGUUCCAAACAGUUGUGCUACUCAUGCCUUGCUUUCAGUUUUACUUAAUUGUGACGAGGCGGACCUGCAUUUAGGUGAAACCCUUGGCCGCCUGAAAAGUCAUACGAAGGGUAUGUCCCCUGAGAAUAAAGGUUGGGCAAUAGGAAAUACCCCAGAGUUGGCGUGUGCACACAAUUCGCAUGCAAUGCCACAAGCAAAGCGAUUAUUGGAGAGAAAUGCUGCGACAGCUAUUUCCACGGGUCGCUUCACUGGCGAAGCAUUUCAUUUUGUAAGUUUUGUGCCUAUAAAUGGCCACCUAUUUGAAUUGGAUGGCUUGAAGCCUUAUCCAAUGGAUCAUGGUGGUUGGGACGAAUGUGAAGACUGGACAGAUAAGUUUAGACGUGUUAUGGCUGAACGAUUAGGAAUUGCUACUGGAGAACAGGAUAUACGUUUCAACUUAAUGGCUGUGGUACCUGACAGACGAAUUGCAAUUACUCAUAAGUUGAAAAUGCUUCGAACAAACCAGGCUAUUGUAUCGGGUACACUGCAAAAACUUUUGAAAGCUAAUGAAGCAGCAAAUGUUGGUAGUCCUUUAAAAUCCGAAGAAAAUGGUGAGCAAUCUCAACAACAGACACAACAAAGAAGUGUAUCUCCUUCACCUCUAUUGGAUGCUUCGAAUGCGUUUACAGUACGAGAUUUACAAUCACUAUUAAAAAAUCUUGACUCAGAAAUCGCCAUUAACGAGCAGCACUUAAAUGAUGAGAAUGAUCGGCGUUACAUGUUUAAGGUAGACGAUUGCCGCCGUACUCAUAAUUAUGACGAAUUUAUAUGUGCCUUUCUUUCAAUGUUGGCGCAUCAAGGCGUUUUAGGAGAGUUAGUAAGUCAACAUUUACUGCCAUCAAAAAAAAUUGGUGGUCAGAGUGCGGUAAAUCGUAUUAGCAAACAAGCAACUUCAAGCAGUAGUACAACGUCACAGCAAAAGAAUGGCAAGUCUCCAAAGACGCCAGGACGAAGAAGAAAGGGACGAAACAAAUGCAAAAAGCGUAAAUAAAUUAUUCGCAUACAUACUA